AAACAACAUAAACAAUCAUACGAUACUAUAAUACUCAUUUUAAUAACUGGUACGCAACAAUGACUUACUAUUUCUGAGACGGAGUAAAAACAACAUACGUAUUACGUAUAAGAGAAAUCUUUUUUGAAUGUAACAAAAAGUGCUAGCCUAUAGGCUAUCUACAUCUAAAGAUAUUUAUAGAUUAAAGUUUAACAGUCUUAUCUAUAGUAAUAUUAUUAAUUUGAUGAUUAUACAAAACUAAUACAAUAAAUUAAUAUUAGUAUGUAAAUAUUUUAAGUAAUGAAUAAUGAUACAAAAAUAAAUACUGAGUUUGACUUGUUUAAAACAACAUAAUAGCAGUGGACUAAAUAUUUGAGCAAUAACUAAGUAUUUAGUUCAGUGGUUCACAGUAUAUCUGCUGCACAACACGCCGGCGGCGACUGAAGCACGCGCGGACGCGCACAAUCCAUGGAGCUUGUGCACACACGCGACGAUGUCGGCGGCAUGUCCAUUCAUAUUAUUUCCUAUGAAGGUAGAUAAUUUUGUGAUCGACCGUGUACAACUGUUGCCCGCGCGAAUGAACAAAUUAAUUUUGUUUUUGGCGGCAAUAUUAUCGACGACCAGUGAAUGAAUGUGGCGAACCGUUUACAACGAGUAGCGCAAAAUUCGGCGAUAUUCACUACGUUGCCAGCUGCUGCUGCAUACCUCGGUUAAUAUGAUUAUGUUAUUUUUAAUGGUGGUUGCGCGUUUGUUGUGACCGAUUCCGUUCAUAGCAACGGGCGAGAAGCGCCGUAGUCAUAGACACCCCACAAUGUGCGUAAACGCCUUUUUCCGUCAACAAUAUUCGUACGAUCAACUCCGACACAAUAUUGCAUUUUCUGUGUUCGAUUCGUACAUAAUAUAGGUAUGUACACAAAGUUAACUACAGAUUACAGAACAAAACAAAAGUGGUGGAAAAAAGUUUUUAUUACUCACAAGUCACUGCAACUCUUAAAAUAGACCAGUUUUAUUAUUACAUUAGAUAAUUCCAUGGCGAUUUCAAUAAAAAGUAGAAUCAAAUUAGAAGGAUCAGACGUUACUAGCUCUCAAAUUAAUGCUACAACUGUUGUAUCAACUGGCGAAAUUGAUCAAACUCUUGUUGUACAACCAGUGCAACAAACAUCCGUGGCGCAUACAUAUAUUGAUCAGAAUAUCAAUAAUAGACAACUUGAAAAUGUUAUACCAUGUGAAAUUAGUCCAGUUCAUGAUGAUGUUUCUGACAAACUAAUGGAUGAUGAUGAACAUUGCCUAGAACAUAAAGAUACCACAGUUAUUGUCAACAAUGACCAUUAUGUUGUAGUUCCCAAAGUAGAGCCUAUUGAUUUUGAUGAUGUUGGCCAUUCUACUUAUGAUGUACAUUAUACUGAAGGAACUGAUGAACAAGCAUUUUUAAAAAAUGAACAAAUGGCCUACCCAAUUUAUACUAUGGGCGAGAGUAGAGCAAUGUACCAAACUGAUCAAACUCAUUAUUACACUCCAAGCACAAAUUCUUAUUCACAAGUUACAAACACCUUAGAACAACCAACAUGUCAUGCAAAAAAUAUAAGUAAUAGAACCUACAUUAUACAACAGAAUGUCGACAAUUAUCAUACUAUUAUCUCUACUGCUCAAAAAGACUGCACAUAUUCUACUAUAUAUUCGGAUGUUUCAUAUCAUAAAGUUAACACUAUAGAUUCUGGCCUAACUAACACAAAUAUAGAUCAAUUGAAUGGUAUCAAAUUAAAUAUAGAACAAAACUCCAGUCUUACUCACACAAAUAAAAUUUCUCCUGCAACUGUCAACUGGCUGAUAGAAAAUUAUGAAAUGGCUGAAGGAGUGUCCUUGCUUCGAUCAACAAUAUAUAAUCAUUAUUUAACACAUUGCUCAGAAACUAAAAUUGAUCCUGUGAACGGACCAUCAUUUGGUAAAAUUAUUCGAUCUGUGUUUACAGGAUUACGUACAAGACGUCUUGGAACUCGAGGAAAUUCCAAGUAUCAUUAUUGUGGUAUUAAAAUCAAAACUAGUUCAUUAUUAAAUGACUUUAAAGAAGAAGAAAACCUACCUAGCCAAACAAAUCAAAAGAGUAGCUUAAAAAAUAUUAAGUUUAUUAAAACAGAAGAGCAAAAUUGCAAUCAACUCAUUACCAAUAGUUCAGGUUCUGCUAAUUGUUCUCAAAACAAUAUUUCAUCUUCUCUUCAAGCACAAGAUCAAGAAUAUUUAGGUGAUGGUGCUAAUGCUGUACCAGAAUUUCCUGAUAUUAUAAUGAAUGAAAUAGAAUUAGAUGAUAAUUGUACUUUAGAAGAUGUAAAUACAUUCAAAAAUUUGUACCGUGAACAUUAUGAAGCGUUUUUAAGUGCCAUAUUGAAUUUAGAGUUUGGUACUGUUGAGUUAAUUUGGCGUAAAUUUUGGCGCUGUCAAGAUAUUAAUAUCGAUGAAUGUGAAGAAAAAGAAAGUUUAUGUAAAGAAAAAUUAUAUUCAUUGUCAAAGUGCAAAACAUUACAACUAUUUGUGAAAACUGCUGACUUUCUAUUUUAUCAAAACUUGGUAAAAGUUUUAAUUCCAGAUGUUCUUCGGCCUGUUCCUAGAACAUUAACACAAGCCAUUAGACAUUUUUCCAAAGGCUUGGAGUCAUGGCUUAUUUCCGCAAUGCAAGGAUGCCCUGAAGAAAUGAUUUCAAUAAAAGUGACUGCUGUUAGAACCUUUGCACAAACAUUGCGUAGAUACACCACUGUGAGAGCUGUGCUUCAAAAUUAUACCCAAAUAAAUGAAAUGCUUACUGAUUUAAAUCAUGUGGACUUUCGUAAUAUACAAGAACAAGUUCAACUAAUAUACAAUUUGGGAAGUGAAAAUGAUUCAGUUCAUACAAAGAAGAGAGUAUAUACUAAAAUAGAUGAGUGCUCUGAAAUGCUAUCAGUUUUUAAUGAAUUCUCUAAAAGAAAAAAAACUCACAAUUAUUCAGCUACUACUUCCAUAGAUACAGAAUGUUUUAAUGACUUAUUAAAAAAUCCAUCAAAAGAAACCAAGAACAAUAUAUCUAAGAUAGAAAUAAAAGAAGAAACUCAGUUAUGGGAAGAUAAAUCUGAACAAAAACAUCCUAUUAAAAUAGAAUACUUGAAAGAAGAUAUAUCUGAAGAUCAUACACAAGAUAUAUAUAAUGAUACUGCAAUGAUUGACACUUCUUAUAAUCCAAGCAUUUCGAAUGAGGAGUAUCCUGAAUUAUCUCAUAAAUUAUCAAAAAAAGAAAAUGAUGAACACAAAAUAAUAAUUAAGGCGGAAAUAAUGUCACCGAAAAACUCAAAUAAACUUAAACAACACUCGACUGAUAAAGAAUUUUCGGAAAAUGAUUCGCCUCAAUCAGUAGACAUGGAUAAGGAGGCAUAUUAUGAUAGUAAUGGUCGUUUUGGCGAUGACAGUGGAGAUUUUGAAUUUUUCGCUGCUCAGAACGAUUACAAGUAUCCCACUUUGGCUGAUACAGGUUUAUUUUCUUGUCAAUUUUGCGAUAAAGAAUUUACAAACGCCAAUAGCUUGUCCAGACACGAAAAUGUUCACACUGGAAAAACUCCUAUCGAGUGUGACGUCUGUUUCAAAACGUUUAUCAGCAAAUCUACAUUGUGUAUACAUAAAAGAUCGCAUACUGGGGAGAAACCAUAUGCAUGCAACAUUUGUGGGCGAUCAUUUACGCAAAAAUCACAUUUGGUUUUACAUUAUAGAACACACACAGGCGAAAAACCAUACGAGUGUGGCUUGUGUGAAAAAAAGUUCUCAUCAACCAGUGGUCGAGCUGAACAUACACGCAGACGUCACCCAUAGGUUGAAUUGCAAUAUUCGUUAAUGAUGUCUUUGGGAAUAUUCGCUUCUCCAAAUGAAACAUACUUUAUUUAAAUUGUAAGGAACGUAUUAAAAAGCAAUUUCAAGUACCUAUUUCAUAACUGAAAAUUAAAAAUGCAUAAUCUUUCUUAUUAUAAUAAUUUAUUGUAUUAUUGUUAAAUGUUAAUGUUUUAAUUUUAAUGUUCUUAUAUUAUAAACAAUUAAAAAUAGUUUUCUUGAAUAUA